AAGCCCAGCCCUGGGAGGUAGAGGCAGGUGAAUCUGAGUUAAAGGCCAGCCUGGUCCACGGAGCAAAUUCCUGGACAGCCAGGGCUAAGCAGAGAAACCAUCUUGGAAACAACCCGGCUCCACCCCGCUCCCCCACCCCCCAACCCCCGGGGAAAAAAGUUUUUAGUAACAGAUAUCUCCUGACUGGAUUGUUUCCCUUAUCCCGAUGGCGCUACACCUUACUCUUCACCUGCUAAUAGGUCACUUCUCGAGGCCUUUGUUGCCCCUUGUGGUCAUGUGAGUUUUGACCGACCUUUAACCUAGUACGUGGGGGGUUGGGAGUCCCGUCUUGGCACGUGAGCGCAGUGUCCGUUGGGCACUCUUGUGCGGCCACGGCUGGGUGAGGACGCAGUAGGGGCCCCUUCCGGCCUAGAUUGGCCAUAGUUUGGGGACCCAGACAACUGGGUCGCAGUGGGGGGCGGCGGUGGGAAAGGCCCAGCGGCAACCAGCUAAGGAAGCUCUUGAGGGUUAAGCGGGGUGUAUCAGGCCUUUCCCUGCGAUCUGGGGUUCUGAGAAUGGUGGGCAAUAAUCCCCUCUCAGUUUUCGAAAAGAAGGAUGAUGUGUAAGCGUAAAUCAAACUUGAAAUCCGGGUAGAAUCUCAGCCUCUUGUAUAGCAUCAUUACCGCGUUGCUCUGUGCAUUUCCGAUUAUUAAAUAAUAAAAGGAAUGAUCGCUUUUAGGGAAAUGUCUGAGAAACUACGAAGAUGCAGAAAGGAGCUGACUGCAGCCAUAGACCGAGCCUUUGAAGGAGUCAGGCAUUCCCAGGAGUGCACAGGCCCGCAGAGGCUGGACGCCCCAUCGCUCGCCUCUCUGCCCGUGCACAGGCUGUUCUGCCGAAACCCACUGGCAGCUUGCCCCUCUGCUGCCCCCUGCGCUGGUGCCACAUGUGCUCCUGAGAAUGAGAACCCUGUCUUUGCACCACAUCAUGUCCCAGUUAACGCAAAGCCCCUUCCUUUAUACCCUAAAAGAAAACCUCUGAUCAGCAAGGAAAAUGUCUUGAUGCACUCUUCCAUUUUGGCACGUGAAAAACAGUUUUGGAGAGCUGCAGGAGAUGGGGAAAACUGGAGAAAAGAAAGUUUAAGGAAGGAUGACUCAAAUAUGCUGCUGAGCAGUUCUAGCCAAGAGGUCACAAAGGACCUGCUGGAUAUGAUUGACCAUACGAGUAUCCGAACUAUUGAAGAACUGGCUGGAAAACUAGAAUUUGAAAACGAAUUGAACCGUGUGUGUGGACGCUGCCAAGAUUCACCCCUUAAGGAGGAGGCCUGGGCCCUGCUUGUGGACGAGAGCCCUCGGAAGUCGUUGGAUGCUGACCCUGGGAGCCUCAAGCAGGCUUUUGAUGACCAGAAUAUUGUUGAGACCGUUCUGGACUUGGAGGAGGAUUACAAUUUGGUGACCUCUUUUAAAUACCAAAUAGAGUAAGGUUAGCAGCAGCAAGUCCUGACUCUUGACAAGGGGUUGGCAGAGCCUGAAUCACCACAUACUGUAACUCCUGCCGAAUCCCACUGUGAGCUGAGUCUGGGCUUUAAUAUUCUGUUAUUUUGAAAUGUUUGGAGUUUUUUUUGACUUGACAUUUUUUAAAGUGUUUUUGAUUGAUGUUCAAUAUAUACAAUGCCUUUGGUAGGUUGUGCCUUUGCUCUUUCACCAGAUUCCUGGAAAAGAUGGGUACUGUAACCAGGAUGGAUUUGCCACCUGGGACUAGCCCACCACAGGUAAACUCGAUUCAGAAGAGCCAGGCUCACACUCGAGUUUGGCUUGGGCCCCUCACACACUUUGCACACAGGAACCCUGUUUCCUGCAUCCAGGCUUUCUUCAGGUCUUGGUUUACCACCCUUAUUUUCCUAUCCCUAUCCUCCCCAGAGUGCUGCCUCUGUGUGGAUCUACUUGAGUCAGCGUCUGGCAGGAUUCCAGACUGUCUCCUUUAGGACCUAUGUAUCCUCCACAGACACAUGGACCCCAGCUGAGGGGGUGAGGGGGGGCAGGAAGGGGACAGCCAGCACAGGUUCACACCUGAACCAUAUCAUCCCACCAUGAGAAGUUCUACAGCAAAGACCAUGCUGAGCCCAGACAGAGAAGUCCAGAAGGAGGCCAGGAAGACAGGCCAGGGCACUGCCUGAGUGCAUCCUGCGCAUUGCCCUCCUGAGGUCAGCAUAGCAAAAAGAAAGAAAAGGAAGAAGCACAGUAGCAAGCAAGAUGACUCAGUGUAUUGUUCCAUUAUUUUAACAGCUAUUUUAGUCUUGGGAUUUGGCUCAGUGGUACUCAACGGGUGUAGCAAUAGAGGCAACAUGUCACUCCUUAGUGUCACCUGGUCACCUUGUCAAAUACCCCGAGAUGAGUGUUUACUGGUUUCCACCAAGGAUGGCUACUGGCGUUGCCUGCCUGAGGCAAGAGAAAAGGACAUCUAGUCAGUGGCUCUUCUUGACUAACUGCCAUUUAAUCUCUGCAGGAGGGAGAAAUUCAGUAAACACAGCCUGACUUAGAAUGUUCAUAGCAUCCUUGGCUGCCUCUGCUCAGGUUGUUCUAGAGAGGUCAGUCUAUUUGAAAUUCAUGUUCAUAAAAUAUUUCUCAAGCAAGCAUAUUGCUUAACUGUAUGUGAAGUGGACUUUGGUUUUUUUUUUUUUUUUUUUUUUUUUUUUUGAGAGAGAGAGGGUAUAUAUUCCUGGCUGUUGUAGAACUCCCUAUGUAGGGGCUGGAGAGAUGGCUCAGUGGUUAAGAGCAUUGCCUGCUCUUCCAAAGGUCAUGAGUUCAAUUCCCAGCAACCACAUGGUGGCUCACAACCAUCUGUAAUGAGGUCUGGUGCCC